UCAUGAAACGUGGCGAGAAGGGGAAGCUCUCCUUCCAAGAACACAAAAUCCCAAAGCGUCCGGGAAUUGAGGAGCUGUCUUUCGCCGAUCGGAAACCCGCUUCUUCUCCCCGCCUUGCCCGUUCGAGGAGGCAUACAGCCAGCCAGUUGGUGUUUUCUGCAGACGACAUCUCCAUUUCGAGGCCUUUCUGUCGUGCAGUAGCUGCCGGGAGGCAACGCAGCGUACCUGUUGCUUGGAUGGUUGCGUGGUCGAGAGACAUCCAUGGCUUUCGCGCCUGGCGAAGAGAGCCGGCCGUCAUUUCGCUGGAAGGAGACGAGGCCAUCGACAGCACGGACCGUCACGUGGGUCAGCAGAAGUUGAUCAAUCUGGCGGCGGUGGAAAAGACGAGCGAGCUCUUCUCUGCAUCUCGCUUCGCUCUCUGAACGUUCGCGACCCACCGCCUAAGUAGGCCAC